AAGCAGGUGAAAGGCCCCUGGACAGAAGAGGAGGAUCGGAAGCUGAGUGAAAUGGUCAACACGUAUGGCCCUGAGAAAUGGGUCUUCAUUGCCACCAAAAUCGGAUCGCGCACCGGCAAGCAGUGCCGAGAGCGGUGGCACAACCACCUCGAUCCCACCAUCAAUAAGACCCCUUUCACACCUGAAGAAGAUAGACGUAUUUUGGAAUUGUAUAAUCAAAUGGGUUCCAGGUGGGCGGAGAUGGCCAAGUACAUGCCAGGUCGUCCAGAUAAUGCCAUCAAGAACCAUUUCAAUACUACCAUGCAGCGCAAGAAGCGGCGUAUGAGUAUGCCCUCGAUCAUGAUCCAAGACCACCGUAUACAU